AAGUUUUUGAUAGAGCAACCCAACCAAAACUAAUUAACUACCAUCGCGUGCAGAGACUCCCACCUCACAUUCUCCAACCAUGUCUAUGGCUAUGCAAAGCGGAAUAGGGAUCUCCAAGAUCCUCAUCAUAGCUGGAGCUGGUUACACCGGAACUGUCCUCAUCAAGAACGGAAAAUUGUCCGAUUUGCUCGCCGAGCUCCAGUUGCUGGUGAAGGGAUUGGAAAAAUCCAGCGAUCAGGGUGACGGUGAAGGUGAAUAUGCUGAUGCUAUUGCUGCUCAGGUGCGUCGAUUGGCAAAUGAAGUUCGACAGUUAGCGUCAAACAGGCCGAUUACAGUGCUGAAUGGGGGUGGUUCUGGGCAAAGCAAUUUAUCAUCUCUCGUGGUUCCAGCAGCUGCCUUGGGCGCUCUGGGUUAUGGUUACAUGUGGUGGAAGGGCAUUUCAUUCUCAGAUCUUAUGUAUGUGACUAAACGUAAUAUGGAAAAAGCUGUUUCAGAUUUGACAAAAAAGCUGCAGCAUGCAUCAGAUGUCAUUGCUGAUGCCAAGAAGCACUUGACGCAGAGAAUUCAAAAUUUGGAUGACAAAAUGGUCAAGCAGAAUGAGUUGGCACGGUCAAUUAAGAAUGAUGUUGCUGGAGUUCGAAGUACUAUUACUAAUUUCCAUGAUGACUUGGGUUUCUUGCAACAAACGGUGGAAUCAUUGGAUGAAAGGGUUUCUGCAUUGAGUUGGAAGCAGGAUUAUGCAAAUCAUGGUUUAGCGUAUCUCAUUGACUUUGUCCAUGGAAGAAGAGGGAAAAUGCCUGAAUUUUUACAGCAGGAUCAACCGAAACUUUCAGGGAAGUCCCCUAGUUUGCUCACAUAUCCAGGAACUCCAAAUCUGAAGGGUCUUAAAGACAUUGCAGAAACAUUGUCUAGUGGUUUAGACAGGUCAGCGUCAGAUGCUGUCAUGCCAGAUGAUAUGGCUAAGCUUGGGCAGCUGCGAAGGCCGUUAUUGAGGAGUACUACAACCCGGUGUUGAUGUCAAGGUCUUAAAUUGAUGACUACCUAGCUUUUAAGCGUUCUUUCUUCGUCUGCUCUGUCUUUACUAUUUAUUCAGCAGUAGCUUUUCGACUCACUUGUUCAUAAAGCAUAACAUAUCUGUCGUAGCUGUUGUGAUUUUCUUGUGUCAUUCUUAAUCUCUACAUUGUAUCAAUAGACUAAAGAACUUUUUUAUAUUCAAGCCAGUGAAUUGUGAUUCGAUGUUGUAAAUAAAAUUUUGCUGUCAAAAGGAUUAUGUUGGUUUGGUGGUUACCAAAUACCAAGAGCCUAUGACAGUUGCUUUUUUGGAUGUGGCAUAUGAUUCAUGACUUUCAUAGUAUUUGUAUUUCCGAAGUUGUAAUCGCUUCU